AUGGCAGACCCAGAGAAGGUGGAGGCCAUUCAGAAGUGGCCCAAGCCCAUUACUGUGAAGGCACUGCGGGGUUUUCUUGAGCUUACAGGGUGUUAUUGGCACUUCAUUAAGUGGUAUGGGCUUAUGGCUGCUCCAUUAAAUUACCUAUUGAAGAAAGAUUCAUUUAGGUGGACCAAGGAGACCCAACGGGCUUUCAAAGGACUGAAAACAGCUGUUUCUAGCCCUCCAAUUCUCACUCUCCCAGACUUCUCUCAACCCUUUGAAGUAGAAUGCAAGGCAGUUAUCAUGGUAGUGGUUGAUCGUCUCACCAAGUAUAGCUAUUUUUCUGCAUUACCCCACUCAUACACUGCAGCUAUGGUGGCUGACACCUUCGUCCGCGAGGUAGCCAAAUUACAUGGGACCCCAAGAUCACUUGCAAGGAACCCAACUGCACCCUUCCAUGAGUCAUCACCCGCAGACUGA